AUGGAUUCUUUGCACGUUGGACCAGUAUUGGCGGAAGGGUUGUAUGAUCUGAGCAGUCACAGCUACCACGCUGGAAACUACCCUUCAACCGUGUGGACUUCCAGGUCGGAUUCCUAUCAGCUUCUUCACAAUGCGUCAGUCCACAGCAGAUCCGUGGAUCCUCUUCCGUUUCAGACUGGAAGAUUUCAGACAACACCUUGCGAUAGUGAGACUGGAAGAUUUCAAACAGCACCUUGCGAUAGUGAGACUGGACGAUUUCAGACAGCACAUUGCGAUAGUGAGACUGGAAGAUUUCAGACAACACCUUCAGACACUAUUAUUGGAAGGUUUCAGGCAGCACCUUGCGAGACUGAUAUUGAAAGAGACUGGGGAGAUGAAGAUGAAGAAUGCAAAGACGAGGACAAAACCGGAAGUGAUCGCAAUGUCGACCAGUCGCUGAAACAGUCUCAGGUAGCAGCUACAUUGACAUGGCUGACUGACAACUAUGAGCGAUCAGAAGGCGUGUGUUUGCCGAGGUGCGUUCUGUACACACACUAUCUGGACUUCUGCAAGAAGACAAAGUUCUCACCAGCUGGUGCGGCCACAUUUGGAAAGAUAAUUCGACAAAAAUUCCCCAAACUGACUACCAGGAGACUAGGGACAAGAGGACAAUCUAAGUACCACUAUUACGGCAUCGGGAUAAAGGAAUCAUCGAUAUAUUACCAUUCAGUCUACUCGGGAAAAGGAUUAACGCGGUUUUCAGGAAUCAAGAUUAAAACGGAGGGAUCCAACAGAAAGUAUUCAUUGAGCUCUAAAACUGGCACUCUUCUCCCAGAAUUCCCCGAUGCCAACAAUUUGAUACUGCCGGACGAGAUAGAUAGGAACAAGGUGGAAACAUUUAUUAUGAUGUAUCGGACUCACUGUCAGCGGAUCCUUGACACAAUGAUAAGUGCUAACUUCGACGAGGUACAAAACUUUCUGCUUCACUUUUGGCAAGGGAUGCCAGAACAUCUGGUUGACGUUUUGAAUAUUGAUCUACUCUCUGACGUUAUUGCUCUCUGUGAUUCCAUUCUCUAUAAGGUGCUUAUCGAUGUGCUUAUUCCGUCCUCUAUCCAAGACCUACCUGACAGCCUAGGGUCGGAUAUUAGGGUCUUUGUGAAGAGGUUACCCGUUUGGUUGAAAAGCUCACUUGAAAACGUUCCCAAAAAUCUUCACGACAGGAAACUGAAAGUUGCUCAAGGAUUUAUACAAAGUAUUCUUCGACAGACGUCGUUCGUUCAUCUCGCACAGACAGCGCGGUCGGUACUGCAGAGUAAUGAAAACGUUUCUCAGAUGAUUGAGGAUCUGGCUGACGUGGACUUUGAAGAAAUAUGUAACCAAGCUGGAUAUGUGGAACCUGAACAUGCGCAGAUAAAGAAAGAAGUCAUAUUUGAGUAUUUUGAUGAACUGCAGCAACUGCUAGGAAAACAAGCACCAGUUGAGGCAUAUACAGAGUGGGUGGAUAACAUUAUAGACAAGUGUGUGCUGCAGCCAACUCGGAAACAGAAUGACAGUGAUGAAGAACAGGGCGCCAGGUUUCUUCUCCAGUGGGCGCUGUUCGGCUCUCUGUUGAUGCGAGAUCUCACGUUAAAUAGUGCUUCUAGUUUUGGGUCCUUUCACCUCGUGCACAUGAUGUUGGACGAGUACGUGUUCCUGGUGUUUGAAACGCAGCAGGACCAGGAGAGAGAGGACAGACUCCAGAAAGACGUGCAGAGACACAUGAAGAAUGCAGAAGAGAUACGAAUGCACGCCAAGCUGAGGACACCGUCAAAGGCCCAUAAUUCCCCUAAAGGCCGGAAACGGAAGCUAACCGGAGAUCAGUAUGAUAGUGUAGAGGAAUCUGAAGAUAAUUCACUGCCUAACGAGAACCGCCCCUCUACUCUAGGAUACCAACCUGUGAGCGGCACGGCGUUUUCCCGACCUCCACCUUCCAACCCAGCCCGCGACCUGUCACUAAACUACCCAGCGGAAUCGGGCCGCUCGGGAUGUCCCGUCAGCUCCCUACCUCUGCCUCCCAUCAAACACUACUCCACCUCCUUCAACAACGGGUCAUAUGACCGACCUUCGUACCUGUCGCAGCUGGGCGUAAACCCGUAUUCUGAUUACGUCACCAACAACAGCAGUCUGACUGUCUCGAGAAUGCAGCCGUUCUCAGAUUCUCAUGUGCUCCCACAGACAUUCUCGUCUGGGCCGUUCUCAGCUAACGUCAGCCCAGUUGGGGGAACUUACUGGACAGAUUCUAGGACUCUCACUUCGUUCACUGCAGACCCUUACAGUCAGUAUGGCUACAACAGUCUAAGUACGUCGUACGACAACUACAAGAAAAACACUUUAAUAAGAGGAGGCGUCUAUCCUGAUUCCUACAGCAGGCCAGCGUUUGACACUUCUAGAGGAUACUACCCUCGAACGCACGAUAACCUACAGGUUGGAAACACGAUUCCCGUGGGCAGCUAUGGUGGAAACUUCAUGGAGAUUGCUUCAAACAGCGCUCAGUACCCACGACAAGACGGAAUUAUCUACGACGAAAACAUUUAUCAAAACAACAUGACGCCCAGCCUUGCACUAGGAAAGUCGUAUCUAACUACUACGCCGUUUAGAUGAUGGUUAACGCAAAAUGAGUAUCAGUCUAGUUUGCCAUUUCUGUGAAAAGAACAAUUGUUUGAUUUCAUUGAAACACUAUUUGCGGGGGGGGGGGCGGUAUGUGUGCGUGUGUGUUGAGGGAGUAUGUGUUAUUUUAACUAUUACCAGUGGUGACUUUACCAGGAUGGAAUAAAACACCGGUCUCCAAACAAAACUGAUGUGCAAAAAGUCUAGAUUGGAGACUUCAGAAACACAUUGACCAAGUGAUCUGAUUUCAAUGCUAUGUACUUUAUGUGACUUUAGCUUGAUUAAACUCUUUGAUAUAUGACUUGGAAUAUUCACAAUACAAAGUUGACCAAAAUAGUACAUGAUGAACUCGUGAUGUAUAUAUUAUUUUUUUCAGAAAGAAGUGCUAUAUAAAUUCCUGUAACCUUUAUAAAGGCAUCUUAGCAAGCAAGAUUAUAUUUUUUUAACCUAUGAAAAAUCUAAGUGUACGUGUAUUCAUCAGCCUUGAGAAACAAUACGUUGUAACU